CUGAAAAGUGAAUAGACGUAAAACAGAAUUUUUAUUUAAAAAUGUGCAAGAUUGUGAAGAAACAUAAAAUGCUUAUUUUUACAUUGUUCGCCGUUGCAAUAGGAGUGAUUUUAGGAUUUUUUCUACGAAACUAUGAACUACAUAAAGAUACAAUAUUAUUAAUCAGUUAUCCAGGAGAACUAUUUAUGCGAUGCUUAAAUUUGAUAAUAUUGCCUCUUAUUGUUGCAAGUCUCAUCGCUGGUACUGCCAGUCUUGAUAUUAAUAUGAACGGCAAAAUUGCAUUACGAACCUUUGUUUUGAUUUGUUUGACAUCAUUUUUCAAUUCUAUUAUGGGAGUAGUACUAGUACUCUUGAUCCGUCCAGGGAGCUUCAAGUAUAUUGAUGGAAGUGCAAAUAAUUUAACUUUUAUAAACACUGCGAAAAAAACAUACCUGACAGACAGCUUAUUGGACCUGGGUCGAAAUAUUAUACCGGAUAAUUUAUUUCAAGCUACAUUUCAAUCAACACAGACACUUUAUGAGGCCAAUAAUACUGGUGAUUUGAUUCGAAAAAUUUCAUACAGAUCAGGUACAAAUACUCUGGGUCUCGUUUUCUUUUGCACCGCUUUUGGAAUUGCCGUUGGCAUGACGGGAAACAAAGGAAAAAUUAUUAAAGAUUUCUUUGAAGCUGUUUUCAAUGUUAUUAUGAAGUUAGUGAAUGGUGUAAUGUGGUUAACACCUAUUUGUGUAGGUAGCAUCAUAACUGGCAAACUUUUGGAUGUCCCUGAUGUUAAGUAUGUUUUGACUCAACUAAUGUGGUUUGUGAUAACAGUAGUUAUAGGACUUGCACUUUAUCAGUUUGUUGUGAUGCAACUACUAUACUUAUGUGUGUUGAAAAAAAACCCUUUUAAAUUUUAUGGACAGUUAUUAAAUCCAAUGUUGACUUCAGCAGCGUGUGCUUCAACUGCUGCAGCUUUACCGGUCACUUUUCAAGUCAUGGACAAUGAUAUCAAAAUCGAUCCUCGCAUUACGAAAUUUGUUCUUCCAAUUGGUUGCAACAGUAAUAUGGACGGAACGGCUGUAAUGGUGGGUGUUAGUUCCAUUUUCAUAGCACAAAUGAAUGGUAUCGAGUUGACAGUUGGCCAGAUCUUCACUAUUACUAUUCUGGCUUUUACAUCCUCUUUGGCAGUUUCAUCUAUACCAUCUUCAGCUUUGAUUAUGGUGAUGUUAGUUCUCAAUACAUUGAGUAUUCCAACACAAGAUGUGAUGUUACUUUUUGCUAUUGAUUGGUUUGUCGAUAGAUUGCGAACUACAAAUAAUAUGUUAAGUGACUGUUAUAUAGCGGCAGUCGUUGAAAAUCUUAGCAAAAAAGAUCUUGCGUCAUUAGAUGAAACAGAGAUGAAGAAGAUUCAAGUAGCUCGUACCAAAUAAGAAGUGAGAAUAAAAAGUGCAAAUCAUUAAAUAAUAUUAUAUAUGUAAAUACCUACUGAGUGAAUAAAAAUAAA